AUGGCUGAUGAAAGAAAAUGGGAUAUUGAAGUGAUAGAUGAUCUAUUUGAUGACAGAGACAGUGCUCUAAUUAAACGUACUCCUUUAUCUAUACAUGUUAAUAUCGAUUCUUGGUAUUGGUUGUUGGAUGGGAAAGGUGAUUUUACGGUUAGAAGCUGUUAUAGGAGAUUGCAAGGGGAGUGUAGUGAUGAUCAUUCGAAAUUGUGGAAAAAGAUCUGGGCUAUGAAACUUCCUAGUAAAGUAACACAUUUAGUAUGGAGACUAUGUAAGGGGUGUCUACCAACUAAUGCCGCAUUGGUUAUGAAACAUGUGAAUAUUGAGGCUGGUUGUCCAUGGUGUCAUCGUGAAGCAGAAACAAGCGUCCAUGUCAUGUUUUUAUGUGAUUUUGCAAAAACAGUGUGGCUCACGGCAGGAAUGGCUCACCUGGUGAAUUGUUUUUCUUACGAGACACCAAGUGCAGUUCUUCAAAAGGUGUUUGAACAAGGUACAAAGGAUCAGUGUGUAGAGAUUGCCAUGCUCUGUUGGAGUAUAUGGAAUCGUCGAAACAGGUGGGUUUGGGAUCAUGUGAAUGGGUCGGUUUUUGGAGUUAAAAAUAUUGCUACCCACCUGCUUCGAGAAUGGACGGAAGCUCAGAUUAAGGAAGAAAGUAGGAAAAUUAGAGGGGAAGUUGGUGAUCGAGUUUGGUCUCCACCACCAACUGGAUGGUUGAAGAUAAAUAUUGAUGCGGCUGUUUUUCUGGACGGGACUAUUGGAGUGGGAGCUGUGAUUAGGGAUGAUCGAGGUUGCUUCAUUGGUGCUUGA